CAUCCUUAUGGUUUCAUACACGAUAAGGUAAGCCCGGCUGUUGCCUUGCAGCGCCAAUUCCCGGUCGCGCAAGGACAGGUUGCCCCUCGAAUACCGUUCCUGCAGAGGGAACUUUGUCCUUCUGUCAAUCCCUCGGUCUUCCCAACCCAUCGCGGAGUCUGGAUUCACGACGGCUGCCGCUGGAUAGGUCGUGAUCUCCUCCGGCACGAUGGACUUUCUCCAGCGCCUCGCGCGGUUUCUCGACCGCCCGCUAUUUCCCUGGAAGAAGCUCAUCAUCGGCUUCUCCAUUGGACAAUACAUAUUCGAGGCCUUCCUUGGCUUCCGCCAGUACAGGGUCUUGCAGCGGACGAAGCCGCCCAAGGUGCUGGAGCACGAGGUGUCGCAAGAGGUAUUCGACAAGAGUCAGGCGUAUGGUCGCGCCAAAGCCAAGUUCCAGGCGUUCAGCGGCCUCUAUGGGCAACUGCAGAACCUCGCAUUCUAUCAGUUCGACGUACUGCCGAAGCUCUGGUCAUGGACAGGCGAUCUUCUUCUGCGCUUCGCACCAGCUCGCUUCACCGGCGAGAUUUCGCAUUCCAUCGUCUUCAUCCUGGCCAUCAUUGUGAUACAGCAGAUUCUCUCGCUGCCUACCAGCAUCUACAAUACGUUCGUGUUGGAGGAGAAAUUCGGCUUCAAUAAGCAGACGCCGAAACUGUUCGUUACCGACAUGAUCAAGACCAUCACCCUGGCCUUCGUUCUGGCCCCUCCCAUCCUGUCCGGGUUCCUCUCCAUCAUCAAGAAGACUGGCAGUCAGUUCUUCUACUAUCUCUGGUUGUUCGGCGCCGGCCUGCAGGUCUUCAUGAUCACGAUCUAUCCCAUCGCCAUCCUGCCCCUGUUCAACAAGCUCUCCCCGCUGGAGAAAGGCAAGCUGAAAACGGACGUCGAGGACCUGGCCAAGAAGCUCAAGUUCCCUCUCCACGAGCUCUACGUCAUCGACGGCAGCAAGCGCAGCGCCCACAGCAACGCCUACUUCUUCGGCUUGCCGUGGAAGAAACACAUUGUCAUCUACGACACGCUGAUCGAGAAGAGCGAGAUCGAUGAGGUUGUUGCUGUGCUGGCCCACGAGCUCGGCCACUGGAGCUUGGGCCACACCACCAAGCUCUUCGGUAUCUCGCAGGCCCACUUCUUCUACAUCUUUGCCCUUUUCUCGGUCUUUGUCAACAACAACUCCCUCUAUGCCGACUUUGGCUUUACCAACGAGCACCCCAUCAUCAUCGGGUUCCUGCUCUUCUCGGACAUCCUGGGCCCGAUGGAUAAUGUCAUCAAGCUUCUGAUGAACGUCCUGAGCCGGCGCUUCGAGUUCCAAGCUGAUGCGUUUGCCAACAAGCUCGGCUACAGCACGGAGCUGUGCCGCUCCCUGAUCAAGCUGCAGAUCCAGAAUCUGAGCACCAUGGACGCCGACUGGAUGUUUGCCAGCUACCACUUCUCACACCCGAUCUUGUCGGAGCGGCUGAAAGCGCUCAACUGGCAGCCCACGCAGAAGGUGGAGGCGAAGGCAGCCGAGAAGGCGGAUGGCAAGGAGGAUGUUGCGACUGCGACCGGCCGAGAUGAGCUGUAAAUGGACGGCGUGUUCUUGUAGCAUAGACGGUAGUGUUCUGCUUUGGAUUCCAAGAAGCAGGUACUAGAACCGUGGGCUUCCAACGUUGAUGCGCUCUGCACUGCACACACUCCGUACUCGUGUCAGAUGCAGUUCGGUACCAGGUUCUCUGGUCUGGUGGUUCGGUGCCCGCACACACAACCCUAACCCUUUCAACAACUCGAACGAUCGGGAGCAGUCGGUAUUUCAAGGUGAUACGCAGUUUGUACCUCUGAACUUUUUUUGAAUAAGUUCUGAACGAAGUUGGUCCGUUCAAUUCAAAGUAAGGACCUGUCGUUCUGGGCCUCCGUUCUGGGCAUCCUCGUGCCAGCGUGUCGAUGUGCCGCUGUG